AUGUCUCUGAACAAUCAAAAAAGAUACCUCAGCGAGCUUGAUCACGACCAUGAGGUAUGCACCUUGGUCCAAACUCCGGUCCAAUGCCAGAAGUUGAUGAACCUACCAUUCACGUUAACAGAAGAGGAUGCCUGGAAUGUUCAUUUCCCGCAUCAUGACCCCUUGGUCAUUGAUGCCCAAAUCACCAACAAAAAGGUAUCUCGAGUGUUGGUAGAUGAUGGGAGCUCUGUCAAUGUCCUAUUCAAGCCGACAUUCACAACGAUUGGCCUAACAGAGGCAGAUCUAGCUUCCUACCCAAUGCAGAUCUAUGGCUUCGAUGGGGAUUCAUUGCUCCCAAUGGGAAAGAACCAGCUACCCGUGACUUUGGGGAACAAGGUUCAACGCUCGUUCAAGUAUUGCACUUUCAUAGUGGUGGACUGUCCCACUAUAUACAAUGUGAUCUUCGAUUGUUCGGCUUUAGUCAAUUUCAACACAUUCACCUCCAUCCGCCAUCUAUGCAUGAAGUUCCCUUGUGAUAAUGGAGGAGUAAGAACUGUACGGGGAGACCAUAAGAGCACACGAAAGUGCUACCACAUUUUCGCCCAACCAAUCCUCAUGGUCUACGACGAACCCAUUGAAGAAGAAGACAUGGAUCCAGUUCCACCCCCACGGCCAGCAUGA